AUGUUCUCCAAGUUCACGGAGAAGGCGUCGUCCUACGCGUCGACGGCGGCGGCGGCGGCGAACGCGACCUACGAGACGGGCAAGCAGGGCCUGAGCUCCGUGCCCUGCGACCGCUGCGGCGUGCCGCACAACGCGCUGCUCCGCCUGUCGACGUGCCCGGUCUGCGGCGGCCGCGUCUGCAAGGGCUGCAGCGCGCAGCUCGUCGUGCCCGACGCGUGCGCCAAGUCCGGCGCGGGCUCGAGCGGCGAGGUGAGCGUCUGCGCGCGCGAGUGCGGCCCGCGCUGCGGCGAGGCGAACGCGGCCGCGUUCCGGCGGGCGUUGGCCGCGAGCCACGCGGCGAAC